CUUGCUAGAUCGCACCAAGGUCCUUCCUGGUCCAGUAGCCUGUUUCCUGCAUUGAUCGGCCAGAUGCCACCACCAACCACAAGGAAGGCAUUUAGGUGGUCCAAAAGCAGGUUUCUUUUCAGAGAAGAGUUUUUGAGAGCUAUUCUCGGAGCCUCCAUUGAAAGACAGCCCUGACAGCUGUUAUGUACGCUGAACCAUCCGCCAUGAAUUUCCGGAACCAUGGGUUCUUCCGCCGUUCUCCGCCCCCUUCUGUGGCCAAACCGUCUCCCACGGCUGGGAACACUUUGUCCGUUUUAGGAGGCAUUGCUCAGAUCUCCCCCUGCCUCUACCUCUGCUCUGGCAAUGCUGCAUCCAACAGACAUAUGGUCUACUCCAGGGCGGUGACUUGCGUAGUGAAUGCCACCAUGGAAAUCCCCAAUGCCAAUUGGCCGGAUAUUGACUAUGUCAAAGUGCCCGUCCCUGACCUCCCCCAUGCUCCGCUGUCCUUGUACUUUGAUUCCGUGGCUGACAGGAUACAUCAGACUGGGAAGAAGAAUGGAAGAACCCUUGUCCAUUGCGUGGCAGGUGUAAGUAGAUCUGCCUCCCUCUGUAUUGCCUACUUAAUGAAAUACCACCGGUUGAGCCUCUUGGAUGCCCAUGAAUGGGUGAAGAGCAGGCGCCCCAUUGUAAGGCCCAACGUAGGCUUCUGGAGACAACUCAUUGAGUAUGAACGCAAGCUGUUUGGCAAGAACACGGUCAAGAUGGUACCCUCACCCAUUGGGUUGAUCCCAGAUGUCUAUGAAAAGGAGACCCGUGGGCUGGUUCCCUUGUGGAACGUAAGAUAGACUUUGGGCAACUUUGGGAAGAUGGUUGGGUGGUGGGUUGCUUGAAUUUAGGGUCAAAAUGUUUCCAACCAUGUUAGGACCUUAAUAAGACCUUCUGGCAUGGUGGACCUUGAUAAGAAAUUCUGUUAUGGUAGCCUUCUUGUAAGACCUUGCAAUAUGAGUAGAUCAUGGAAAAGACUUGAGUUGCUUGGACCUUUCAAUGUGAUAGACUUUGGUGUUUGGCACCACCAUGUCAAAUAUUGCUAAGAAUUUAUAUUUUGCUUAUAUUUGGAGGAUAGUUAAAAACAAGGUAUAGGCUGUUAAGACUUCUAUCUAUAGCAGGGGCUCCAAGGUCUUAAUAUAUUAAUUCUCCCUUAGUGAGGAGGAAGAGAAGAAAAAAAUCUUUUGAAGAUAUAGAACCUUAGAACUACUUUCAAGCAUUAGGGCUUGGGUUUACUUUAUUUUUAAUAAACACAAUACACUUUCCCCCUCAGGGAGUGAAAUUUAAGCACUAAGGUGAUAGGAAUUAAUCUUAACAUUGUUCCAGAGGCACAAUGUUCAAGGACUGCUCCACCAGUGAUGAGGCAGAAGUCAAGAAGCCAAAAAUGACCAAACUUCCAAUGGCAAGAUGGAAGUUAACAGCUUUAGAAAGCAGAUGGAGAAUUCCAAUACAAUAGUUUUUGCUGAGCAGGCUGCAAUCUGGCCCAUGAGUGUCAUGAAUAGUAGUUUUAGUACACUCAUAUGGGAAAGAGGAAACGUUUUACUAUUACCUCAGUAAAGGGGCCACUCAAAGCUGUAGGAGACAAAUCGCACUAAGUGUGGAUUUUUAACUGGAAAGGGGCUGAAGUGCAAAUCUAUUUCUGACAAGGAUUGCAGUUCAAUAUCAAAAGUCAGUCUCUUUCAUCACUCCCUCCUCAGGAACAAAGUAAAUAUGGUGGAAUUUUGAUAGUGUGUGAAGGGCAGUUUUCUAAGCACUUUACAAGAGAGCACAUUUUCCUGAAAAAAGCUGUCACUAGAAAUAGGAAAUAAUGGGUGGUGGUGGUGGGGGUUUAAAUUAAAAAAAUGCUACAGAGAGACUAUCAAAAAGAAUAAUGUAACAGCAGUUUUAAGGAGAAAGUUUAUUCCUGAGGUGGCAGACCUGCAAUUUAGGUAU